CACCCGACACACCCCCACACCACGCCGCCCGGGUACACGCGCACUAUCUCCCACUGACUGUCCGCAUGUGUGCGUACGGCCCGUUGGUUGCGAAGGGUGAGCGAGGCGAGCCUCUCACCCACAUACUGAUACCUGGCAAGGCACCAACGGUCAGCAAAGACCAAGACGUGCGUCUCAGGACACUCGCGUAUGUGUGUGGCCUGGAUAAGUACACCGUGCACACACGGCGGCGUGGGGAUACCGCAGGUGCUUGUGCACGGGACGACACGGAUACUACCAGGGAGUGUGUGUAUGGGAGCGUAGAGCGUGCGGCCGAGAGUGAGAGACUGGGUAUGGUGAAAGUCAUGCGGGCCUUGAUAGCCAAUAUCGCCGCACGAGCGCAGGAGAAAAUGCCACAGACGACCAGCGCGCUGGUGAGACAGGGUCAAGCGGUGCUUAUACUCUUGCCUAAGUUUGCGAGGCCUCGAGACGACAGGACGGGAGAAUUGAGAGCACGCGAGGAUCUGGAGAUAGUCACAGACCUUCUGCAGAUUGUGAUGGUGGUGCUCACACAGACGGACAAGGUCGCUCCAGGUGAGUUAG